AUGGCCAGUUCUACAACACAAUCCAAGGUCGACGCUGUCGUCCAGAAGGCUGCCGCCAGCGCGCCCGGCCAGCUCAGCGGCGUCCAGCUUUACUCCAGAUUCGCCAUUGCCGGCGCCAUCUGCUGCUCUGUCACCCACGGUGCCCUGACGCCCGUUGAUGUCGUCAAGACCCGUAUCCAACUCGACCCCGUCACCUACAACAAUGGCAUGUUUGGCGCUUUCAAGAAGGUCGUCCAAAACGAGGGCGCCGGUGCGCUGCUCACCGGUGUCGGCCCCACCUUUGCCGGCUACUUCCUGCAGGGCGCCUUCAAGUUUGGCGGCUACGAGUUCUUCAAGCAGCAGUCUAUCAACUACCUCGGUUACGAGAACGCCUCCAAGUACCGGACCGGCGUUUACCUCGCCUCGUCCGCCGCCGCCGAGUUCUUCGCCGACAUCGCCCUCUGCCCCCUCGAGGCCACCCGUAUCCGUCUCGUCUCUGAGCCCACCUAUGCCAGCGGCCUGGUCAGCGGCUUCGGUAAGAUGCUGAGCCAGGAGGGUGUCGGCGCUUUCUACGCCGGCUUCGGCCCCAUUCUCUUCAAGCAGAUCCCGUACACCAUGGCCAAGUUCGUCGUCUACGAGAAGGUCGCCGAGUCUGUCUACAGGUACUUCCCCAAGAAGAACAUGUCGGACAGCAUGCAGACCGGUGUCAACCUGGGCAGCGGUCUCGUUGCUGGUUUCGCUGCUGCCAUCGUCUCCCAGCCUGCCGAUACCAUGCUCAGCAAGAUCAACAAGACCAAGGGCCUCCCUGGUGAGGGCACCACCACCCGUCUGAUCAAGAUCGCCAAGGAGCUCGGCUUCAAGGGUUCCUACACCGGUAUCGGUGCCCGUCUUUUCAUGGUCGGCACUCUUACUGCCUUCCAGUUUGCCAUUUAUGGCGACGUGAAGCGCAUGCUCGGCGCGACGGGUGGUGUGGAGAUUGGCAAAUAA